UGGAGCGUGUUGUGACAGGAUAUGAAUGCGGACAUAGAGGAGCAGGAAGACGAACUGCUCGCACUCAAUAGUAUCUUUGAUUCCGAGGAGUUCGUCCGGGAUGGAUCGAAAUCUGCCGGAGAAUUCCGAAUAUCCGUAGAGCUGCCUGCGGACUUCACCGUGACUCUGAAAGAAGGUGAAACGCUGAGGCAGUAUGAUAUAUCAUUCCUUCCACCUUUGCUCCUCACCUUUGAACUACCUGAUGACUACCCAUCCUCCUCCGCUCCCUCAUUCUCCCUCACCUGCAGCUGGCUCACACACAUGCAGCUCUCUGCGCUGGGUGCUCAGCUCAUCGAUCUCUACCAGGCCACAGGAGGCGCUGUGGUGCUCUUCUCCUGGGUACAGUUUCUUAAAGAGGAUGCCCUCAGGUUCCUGGACAUCCAUGCUCUGUUGGAGCUCCCCUCUGACGAACACAGCACCCAGUAUGAUAGCCUGGACUCAUUAAAUGCUGCACUCUCAGAACCAAAGAAUAAUCAACAGUCAGGACCCACAUAUCGCCAAGAUUGUAAUGCCGUAGAUCUUUGGAAAGCAGACCUCUCCGCACCGUCUUUGGAAGUUGAGCAUCCGACAGGGAUUCUUGCUGAUGGCCAAGAUCCUUCAACCUCAGACUGGAGAAAUACAGACUUGAGGGAGGCUGAGCGAACCCUUCACGCCUCAGAGUUUAAGAAUGAUCUGUCCACAGUGGCAGGCAAAUCAAAGCGUCUUCCAUCUGCUUCGUCAGAUCAAAGUGUUCAGGAAGAUGUCCUAAAUGAUGGAGAUGUGUCAGCCCCAUUGUUACUUCCUCCUGGGUCCUCAGACCCACUGGGUCCAAGUAAACAAGGAGCUGCUUUCCUGCCAAUCCACCCAAGAGAAUCCCCUCAGAAUGAAGGCCAAACACGCGCUGGCCUCUCGCUGACUCCGUCACAAGCUCUCCUGUCCCAGCUCCUGAUCUAUAAUGCGGCUCAGACACAGAAAGCAUUUUCCGCCACGGUGUUUGACUGUGGUGUGUGUUUCGUGGGCUUGCUCGGUUCAGACUGUGUCCAGUUGCCCGAGUGUGGCCACAUCUUCUGCAAGGUCUGUCUCACCAAGUUCUGCACACUCCAGAUAACAGAGGGCAACAUCAAGGCCGUCAGCUGUCCUGAGGCGGACUGCUCUGCCACCCCGACACCUUCACAGGUGAAGUGUCUGGUAGGGGAGGAGCUGUUCAGCCGCUAUGACCGUCUCCUGCUACAAUCUACUCUCGACCACAUGGCUGAUGUGGUGUACUGUCCUCGGCGUGUUUGUGGUUCGGCCGUUAUUGUGGAGAAAUCCAGUGCUGCAGCACAGUGCUCUGUGUGCAGCUUUGCCUUCUGUGUCGCUUGCAAGAAGACCUACCAUGGAACAGAUAACUGUUUGGGAAAGAGGAAAACGAAAAUAUGGGAAGCACAGCAAGCCAAUGUGGACCUGCCACAGUCACAAGAUGUGCAUCUGAAGCGGUGCUCUGAUUGUGCCUCAGAGGGGCUGAGUGCUCUGUGGGACGACUAUGCCAGUGGCAGCAAGCAGAGGCAGCGCCUCCUGGAGAGCAGGUACGGCCGCAGUACAAUGCGGGCCACUGUGGAGGAGUGUCUGAGUGAGGACUGGAUGGCCUUCAAUAGCAAGAACUGUCCUCACUGCUUUUGGAAGAUACAGAAGAACGGAGGAUGUAACAUGAUGACGUGCUCUCAGUGCGGACAGCUGUUCUGCUGGUCCUGCCUCACCAGACUGCCAUCCCAUCGCGCAGGCAAACACUUUGAGAAUGGUCUCUGCUAUCAGUACCAAUAGGCCCUCUUCACAGCUGCCAUUUUGACAUGUCAUAUCGGGGUAAACACUGGUUUAAUAGGUUUAAUACAAUGAAUUAUGGUCCCGUUCUUUUUAGUGUGUCACAGUCGUUCCAGUGAGCGAGCAUGCACAAUACCAGGACUAAAUACCACUUAAAUUACACAGGUACAGAAUUAAUGUGAUUAAUUACAAAGACAUGUCAAAGAGGCUUCUGGGUAAAGGGCCUGUACUGCCCAAUCUUGUGCUCCAAGCCCCCCUUACUGCUGGCCACUGGCCGCCAGCCAUGGAGGCGAAGAAGUAAACAAGUGUUGCACAUGGUAUGUUGUGUUCAGUUCAGUUCGAUUUUUAAGUGCACCUUAAAAAAAUACCUGACAAUGCACAUCAGUGCUGAUUUUAAGAAAAAUAAAUAUGCAAAUAGUAUAAAAGAAACACACGAUGUGGAGCAUGUUGCCAAAUAGUUAUCAUCUUAACACAGUUUAAAUCUGCCAGUAGUGGAAGAAGUACUCAGCUCUAAAUCCAUAAUCACUUAUUUCAUACAUCAUUGUAAUGAAAAUCUGAAGCUGCAAAGUAACUAUUAACAAAUAAAUUUAGCGGUGCAAAAAGUACAUUUGUUUCCAAAGUCUGGUGGUGUAUAAAGUAGCACAAUAUGGAAAUAAUCACGUAAAGUACCUCAUAACUUUAUUUCAGUACAAUACUUGAGUAAAUGAACAUUGUUCCACCACUAGAAUUCAGUACACUAUAAAUAUUAUAGGCUUUUGCUACAGAUGCGCCAACUAAUAUGUAUGUCACAAUUCAUACUAAAAAGCCCAAAACACAUACAAAUACUAAUUUCUACUGAGCCUUUACAGUCUUUACAAAAGCACAGCACUUAUAUUACUGUGUCUCGACCAGUAGAGGGUGCUAAAUAACAAGAAUGACAAAACAGUUUGGUAACUUUACAAGAGAUCCCUUUUAGUCAAUGCACUUUUUAUUAAAAAAACAUACUUCAUCAUUCACUAUUGAAUAAUCGGACAAUACAUUAGUGAAAACUGUGAUGAGACAUGCAUGCUUGCUGGUCUAGAUGCAAAAUGAAUAAUCUAUUAAAGGAAAUCACCAAGUGUACCAAAGCCACAUUUCAUAUAUGAUUAUUGUACCUAACGGUUCUGCAACUGAUUCUCAUUUGUUUUAUCAGUCGACCAAUUAUUUAUUGGAUUCAUUGAUUAAUAGUUUGGUUUACUGAAAACAGAAACUAGUAAAAAGGGCCAAUCAUAGGUUGUCUGCCCGACAGUCUUUCCCCAAACAUAUUAUUUACUUUGUUUACUAAGAAAACAAAUAGAUAUUCACAUUUGAGAGGCUGAAACCAGGUAGGUUAUGCUUAAAAAAAUACUUCAACAAUUAAUGGAGUAUGGUUGCGGUUUACCUUUCUGUUAAUCAACUUAUUGAUUGAGGAAAUAAUCGUUGCAGCUCCAGUACCCAAGGUGUCACUUUUUAGAGUCUUUCAACUUCCUAUCAUGUACUUUAUGUCUGUAAAGUAUUUUAUCUUACAGCCUGUUGUGAAUUGUUCUGCAAGAGCUUUAGCCGUGUAAAAACUUAAUUGCGAUACAGUUCUGAAGUUCUGACACAAAAAUAUGGUGUACAACUGUAAAUGUAUAAUAUUUGGCAACUUGGCAACCUUUCUGCAAGUUUUUUUUGCACUAAAGCCGUUUGCAGAUUUGAUGAUUGAUGUAUGAUUGCACGUGUUUAAAAGAGAAUACUUUGUUACUUUUAUGUGAGAACUAGUGUUUGACAUUCUGUUUUGCAUUAUUCUGUGUACCAUGUGGUUCAUUCCUGUACUGCUGCUGUGACAUUCAAACCUCCCCCGAGGAUAAAUAAAGUACCUCUCUAUCGAG